CUAGAAAAUACAUAAAUCAAUAAAAUAGUUACUUAAGCAAAAAAACUAAAGAAACAUACUCGUAUUAAAUUAGAUGAGGGACCAAGUAAACCUUUUUAAAUUACAAGAUGCAUAGAUGAGCUAAGGAGUCCAUACUAAGAUCUCUCACAAGCAAGAAACCUCACAUCCUUAAGGGGAAAUUCAUCAUUCGUUGAUACAAAUAUUGCUCGAAACGUGGGUUAAAUUUAUCAUCUCCAACGUUGUCUACUCAUCAUUCAGGUGAAGCGGCGGCGCUGAUGGCUGGCAUUCAAGGCGGCGUAGGACUACCGCAUGCAGGAGGGACGGCGGCGCUGAUGGCGGGGAAUCAAGGUGGCGGAGGACAACUGCGUGCGGCAGAAAAGCCGCUGCUGACGUAUAUUCAAGUGGAGAGGGGAGUGGAUUUUCCCAAGGAUUUAGUGGAUGUGACGGUGGAGGUGAAGGUGGAAGAGUACGUGGGGAAGGGCACACUCGUGGGCGGCGACAAGGUGGCGAAGGCGGUGCUGAUAUGCUUUCCCGACAGAGUCCAGAGCUGGUUAUUCCAGGUGAAGGUGGUCGGUAAAGACAAAAAAGUGGAGGGUUCCACGCAGCUGGAUUACCGGGACUCCGGCAUCAUCUCCAUCGACCACGGCGCCAAGGUGGCGAAAAGCCCGUGCGUCAUCACCGGCACCGACACAAGCCGCAGGCAUUUGAUGAUUUCUGUAUGGUCGUCGCGAGACCAGGUGCCGGAAGGAGCCGUUCCAGCAACCUUGCCGUCUUCUCCGCCCUCCGCCGCCCCAAUCAACACCGCACACCUGUCCGUUUCGCACAAGAGCUACACCCAACCAAAGUUGGCUUACUACACUGUCAUGCUUAGAUAUCUCUGGAGAUCCCCGUCACCUCCGCCGCCUAAACCUAACGGCGGCCACCCCGCCCCAAUUCCUCCGCUAGUCCCGGCUGCGUUCUACUACGUGGUAGGCAAGCUAGGGGAGCAGGAGAUGUGGACCCAGCCCUUAUACCCCCCUACCCCACAACAAGUGGCCGCUGAAAGCAGGCUUCCAAAUAACUACCCAAACCCCCCUACUUACAGCCCCGCAGACUUCCACUUCAUCGGCCAUUGCAGGCUCUUCUUCGUCGUGAAUGACCCGAUGGAGGCCGACCACGACAAGCUCACCCUCAUAGUGAAGGUCCCUCUACCAGCUACUACCCCCAACAAGUACGAUGUGUUGGGAAGUGUCGCCGUCCCCGUGGACCCCAAUAAAAUGGCGUCGCACAAGGAUCUCAAGCUGAAAAAUGGGGACAAGGACCCCGGGCUUAAACUAUCAGCCAUGAUGCUGGUCGACAAAUCAUACCACGUGUUUGAUGACGUGGAUUCUUGCACAAGCGAUCGUCUCCCCACCGACCGCGACCCGAGGCAACCCAAACCGGUCGCGAUAGCGGUUCUAGAAGUUGCUAUACUUAGUGUGACGGGCCUCGUUCCCACGAAAGAACGUAACAGGGUCCCAACGACGGACCCCUACUGCGUGGCCAAGUACGGCAGGAAGUGGUGCAAGACACGCACGGUCAUCGGUAGCGGCGCAACCGCCCGCUUCCAAGAGCCCUACAUUUGGGAAGUCUACGACCCGAACACAGUUCUCACCGUCGGCGUGUUCGACAACAACCAGGCUGCGGCGAGCGGCGGGAAGAAGGAGGGGGACAAGAACAUCGGCAAGGUUCGGGUUCCCAUCUCCACCCUGCUUUUUGACGGCAAGAAGCGGAUCAAGUCUUAUCCCCUCUACGCCAUACAUCCUGAGCUAGGCCCGCAGGUAAGGAUAAUGGGCGAGUUGCACUUGCAGGUCGCGCUCGAGCCGACAAGCAUGUGGGGUUUCGUCUCCGCGUACUUCCGACCUCUUCUCCCGCCGUCGCACUACGAAAGACCGAUCCCGCUCGAGCAGACGGCGGACCUCCGGAAGUACGCGGUGGACGUGGAGUGCAAGGUUCUGGGGAGGCGGGAGCCCCCGCUGGGGGAGAAUGUGGUGAGAUUCAUGACCACGGCGGAGCAAGGCUACAGCAAGCGGGUGACGGACACGAACCUAGCGCGGCUCUACCGCGCCUCGGGUUUAAGGGCACUGUGCCAGUUUGUGGACCACGUCGCCAGCUGGAAAAGCCCCGUCACGACCCUACUCUCUCUCGAGCUCGUUUUCUUCUUCCUCUUAUACGCAGACCUCAUCUUCCCGGUCGCCCUAGCCUACUUUAUCUAUUGUGGAAUUUAUAAUCUCGUUGUGCGCAUCUGGUCAGAAUACCCUACGAAACCGCCGAGAUCAAUAUGGGAGGAACCGCCCAUCGUUUACAUAGCUCAACACCAGAUUACGCAACCGGACGAUCUUGACGAGGAAGGGGACACGCGCGAGACGAGUCGGAAGCCGGAGGUGGUGAAGAAGAGAUACGACAAUCUGAGGCUUCGGGCUGCCUAUGUUCAGAACGUCGUGGGCGACCUUGCAAAUCAAGCGGAAAGGUUUCAGAAUAUACUGAGUUGGAAGAACCCAUGCAUGACUGCCAUCGCUAUGGUCCUCACCAUUGCUCAACUGAUACUGCACUCGUUUGUGACAGGAUUUUCUUUCGUGGUUGCCUUUUGUCUUCUUUCUCAUCCAGUGGUGUGGAAUUCCGGAUACAUGAAAAGUCUACUCCUUCAGCCUAUCAAGCUUUACCGCCGCCUCCCUAUCAACAACUAUUAUAAUCCUUUGCCGUGAUCGACAAGAUCUCAUCAUCAUAAACUAUUUUCAUCAUUAUACUGUAUAAUAAGGUGUUUAAAUGUAACGUUCCUUUUUUCACGAAUCUAUUUAUUUGAUGCGUUUUUUUAAAUUGGAAUGGUUUGGGGCUUUGGCAUGCACUUUAUUCCAUAAAAUCCCAUGGACCAUGUUGCUUUUAUUUUACACUCCCUCUGUCCCG